CGAAAACCUCCCAAAGUAAUCCCCAAACACAACCCCAACAUCCAAACCACACUAUGCCCCGCGUCCCCACAACCAGAGAGGUUGUGCCCGGUGCACCCGUCAACAUCAUCUUAAAAGCUGACCAACCAACCGGUCGCACCGUCUCGGGCACCAUCGCCGACGUGCUCACCCGCGGCAACCAUCCCCGGGGUAUCAAAGUCCGGCUCACGGAUGGCCGGAUCGGGAGAGUGCAAUCCAUGGGGACGGGGGGUUCGUGCCCUCCACCUGACCCGACACAGGGACAAAGGACAAGAAGGACUACCUCCGAAGCAGAGCUUCCUUCGCAGAAUAUCGGUCUAGAUGCAUAUAUGGUUAGUGCAAGACCGCGGCGGGGUGCACGUCGAGAUGAACCUCAACAACCCGUGCUCGAUGGUUCGGUAGUGACUUGUCCUGUUUGUGGGGUGUUUGAGGGCGAUGAAACUGCUGUUGCGCAUCAUGUGGCUGGACAUUUUGCGGAUUGAAGUAUUGGGGCUUUUUGGGCUGAGUUAUUAUUUGAAAUGGGCUGAUUACAGUUCGGGUCCUUUUGGACGAGUUGAAUGUUUGGACCCUGGUAAUAGCGUAUUAUAG